AUGGCUGGACUCGUGUCCCAGCAACUUCUCACGCUACCGUGUUCCGGUCAAGCUGUUCAUCCACUACGAAAGGGAAGCGCCUCGUCGUCGUUUCCCCGCAUUGCUCUUCUGAAACCCUCUCGAUCCCGAUUCUGUUCAGUCAAAUCCGUCCGUCCAUCUGUGCGGGCCGAAGCAUCUCCGCAGUCCCAGCCAGGCCCUGUCGCCGCCGCAUCGGCAUCAGCAGCAGCACCAGCUGCGGAGGAACACGCGCAAACACGAAGCAGCACAACCAGUAACAGUAGCAGCAGCAGCAGCACUGGCAGCCGCACCGCUGCAGGGGAAGACAAUUUUCCAGCCGCGUCAAUCGCCGAGACGCUACAACUCACAGGAGGAUCCCUGGGGUUCGCCGGAGCAACGUCGCCCUUAGUCCCGGCUGUCCCGGGCCAGAGGAAGCAGGCUCGGCAGGAGAAGCGCAUCGUGCUGAUCAGGCACGGGCUGAGCUCGUGGAACGCGGAGGGGCGCGUGCAGGGGCGGUCGGACGAGUCUGUUCUGUCGGAGACCGGCGAGAUCCAGGCGCUGCGAUGCCGAGAGGCUCUGAGGGAUACGCACUUCGACUGCUGCUACUCCAGCCCGAUCUCGCGAGCCAAGAGCAGCGCGGAGAUCAUUUGGGAGGGGCGCAAGGAGCCCCUCGUCUUUCUGGACUCUCUGAGCGAGGCCCACCUGCACUUCCUGGAAGGCAUGCUCAACUCCGAGGCUAAGCGGCUGUAUCCGGACCUGUUCCGAGCCUGGAGGGAAGAUCCGGCAGACUUCUGUGUGGAUGGGGUGUUUCCGGUGCACCAGCUGUGGGAGCAGGCUAGGGACACGUGGCGAGAGCUGCUAGAAAGCCCAGGCUCUCAAAUCCUGGUCGUCACACACAAGUCCCUCCUGAGAGCGCUGCUCUGCACUGCUCUUGGAUUGGGUCCUGACAAGUUCAGGGCAGUGGACAUCAACAAUGGAGGCAUGUGUGUGGUGAUGGUCAACAAUAGAGGCGAGCCCAUGCUGCUGCUAUUCGCACUGCUGACGGUAUCCCUGGGAGUGGCCAACCGGGUGCUCUACAAGCUGGCGCUCAUUACUUUGCACCGCUACCCCUUCUUCCUCGCCCAGCUCACCACAUUCGGCUAUGUAGCAGUGUAUUCAAUCAUCCUCCUCGCGCGCACCUCCCUCAAAAUAGUCACGCCCGACAUGCUCUCGCUGCCCAAGCGCCCCUUCAUGUUCAUGGGCUUGCUGGAAGCAGCGGGGCUUGCGACAGGGAUGAUGGCCGCUGCGCACAUGCCGGGAGUCCUCAUUCCAGUGCUAUCACAGAUCUUUCUGGUGUGGCAGCUCACCCUCUCUUCUAUCUUCCUCGGUCGCCGCUACUCGCCGCAGCAGCUUCUGGGAUGCUUCCUCGUGAUCGUGGGGGUUGCAGUGGUGGUGGUAACCAGUGGACCACCAUUGCAUCAUGUAUCCACACUAUUGUCUUCUUUGUUAACAGCAACAGCAAUCCAGUGGCCCCUCCUCUUUAUAGUAUCCACUGUGUUUCCAGCAGCAUCCUCUAUUAUUAAGGUGAGACUCUUUCCCCACGCCAUAGUCUGCUGUAUCCUCGUUAUUAGCUUCUCAGCUAGCAGCAACAGCAAUCCAGUGGCCCCUCCUCUUUAUAGGAUCCACUGUGUUCCCAGCAGCAUCCUCUAUUCUUGA